UGUAGUUGACAUAAAAUGGCCACCAUCGUGUGUUAGUCAAAACAUAACGAAGGAUCGCAAACAGACACAGAAAAUCCCUUUUUACGGGGAAAUAUCAUCCACUUGGUGUUUGUUGUGUCCUAACAAGGUUCAGCCAUGGAUGAGGAGGCGACAGUUGGCGCGAACCCGGAGGGGCUCGUGGCCCUGGAUGAGCCCAAGAAGAUGACCCGCGAGGACUGGAGGAAGAAGAAGGAGCUGGAGGAGCAGAGGAAGCUGGGAAAUGCUCCGGCUGAGGUGGACGAGGAGGGAAAGGACAUCAAUCCUCACAUCCCACAGUAUAUUUCAUCGGUGCCAUGGUACAUCGACCCGUCCAAAAGGCCCACACUCAAGCAUCAGAGACCACAGGAAGAAAUUGCGGUGCAAUUCUCAACCAUUGGAGAGUGGUACAAGAGAGGAGUGAACGAUAUGUCUGUCACCACAAAGUUUCGUAAGGGAUCUUGUGAAAACUGUGGUGCCAUGACACACAAGAAGAAGGAGUGCUUGGAGCGACCCAGAAAAGUUGGGGCAAAGUUUACAGGCACCAGCAUAGCUCCAGAUGAACACAGUCAGGUGGAGCUGGAUUUGGACUAUGACGGGAAGCGAGAUCGCUGGAACGGGUACAACCCUGAGGACCACCAUCGCAUCGUGGAAGAGUACGCCAAAGUAGAUGUGGCCAAAAGGACCCUGAAGGCCCAGAAGCUUCAGGAUGAGUUGGCUUCUGGAAAACUGGACCAAGGUGUAAGUGAGCGGUCAAGAUCGCAGUAGCAAUGUUGUUGUGUAAUGUAAAGCGAUAAAAGGCAAUCUCUUGUCUAGAAGACUAACUUUCUUUUUCUUUUAAUAAUUUCUCUGCAGCAGCGGGAACACGACAGUGAGGAUGAGGAUGAAGAUAAAUAUGCAGAUGACAUCGACAUGCCUGGUCAGAACUUUGACUCCAAGAGAAGAAUCACUGUCAGGAACCUGCGUAUCAGAGAAGACACAGCUAAAUAUUUGAGGAAUUUGGAUCCAGAUUCAGCAUAUUAUGAUCCAAAGACUCGAGCUAUGAGAGAGAACCCAUACUCCAACACCGGCAUGAACCCCGACGAGGUUGGGUAUGCUGGAGACAACUUUGCUCGUUACAGUGGGGCCACCAUCAACAUGGCUCAAACACAAUUGUUUGCCUGGGAGGCCUAUGAGAGGGGCUCGGAGGUGCAUCUGCAGGCCGACCCCACCAAGCUGGAGCUGCUCCACAAGUCCUUCAAGGUCAAGAAGGAGGACUUUAAGGAGAAACAGAGGGACAGCAUUCUAGAGAAGUACGGAGGUGAAGAGCACUUGGAUGCCCCGCCACGGGAGCUGCUCUUGGCCCAGACGGAAGACUACGUGGAGUACUCUCGUCACGGGGCAGUGCUGAAGGGGCAGGACAAGGCCGUGGCUCGCUCCAAGUAUGAGGAGGACGUGGUCAUCAACAACCACAAUUGUAUUUGGGGCUCCUUCUGGAACGACGGCUACUGGGGAUACAAGUGCUGUCACUCCAUGGUCAAGAUGAGUUACUGCACAGGAGAUGCUGGACUUAGAGUGAACCACACAGACUGUGUUCCAUUUGAGGAGGGACUGAUGGAUGACGAGGAUGAAGAACCGCCCAAGACUCUGCUGGAAAUGCAUCGAGAUAAGAUGAUGAAAGAAAAGAAGAAGAAAAAGAAGAGCAAGAAGAACAAGAAGCACAACUCUGACGGCAGCGAUUCAGACGACGCAGAGAAGAAAAAGGAGAAACUGAAGAAGGCACUGGAAGCAGAGGACAAGCGGGUGAAGCACAUCGAGGCGAUCAUGCAGGUGGAGGAGAGGAAGAGGCCGUACAACAGCUUGCAGGAAGUGAAGGCGCCCACUGAGGAGGAGAUGGAGGCCUUCCGCAUGAAGCGCUGCCGGGAGGAUGAUCCCAUGGCUUCCUUCCUCAACCAGUGACCUGCUGACUCUCCCAAACUCUCCCAAGGACUCUCACCAGAGCUGCUGCUCGGUCAAAAAUAAUCAAGACUCCAAAAGUUCAGCAAAUGUUUGGUUACAAACUCGACAAAACGUGUACAGUAAUGUGUUCAUUUCUUUUUGGAAUACUUUUGUUUUUGAGGCCACAGGUUGACAGACCAUAGGACAAUACUGAUAUAUGCUUAAGUUCCAUGUGAGAGAAUGUAAGUGCUGUUUUUAGAUGACCGAGCCUCCCUCAUGUCUCAAUAGUAGCACAUCCAACUACUUUUUAUUCGGAUUAUUGCAUAAUUUUUAUAAUAAAAUGUAUGUUUGCCUGAA